GUCCCGAUCUCGAGUCCACGAGCACAUCACGGCCAUGCUCAGGCGUCUCAUUCGACUUCAUUUUCGACGCAAGGCUUCCAACAUCUUUCAAGUCUCUGGGGUUUCUGUUCCGCCAUUCACUGUCGCUCCUACAACAACGAAAUCGUCGAUUACAGUCACCCAAUCUCGCAAAAUGUCGUCAUCUUCCUCCGCGGAACUUCAACCACCGCCAGCGCCAACCACAACGCGCCACCCAACAGGUCCCAUUCCUUUUCUCGAAUACCCAUCACCCAACGCCACAAAUACCAGCAAAAACAGCAACAGCACAACAAAACCAAAGCGCUACCUCCUCUUCUUCAUCUCCGGCAACCCCGGUCUAAUCGACUACUACGCCCCCUUCUUCACGCACCUGCGCACCCUCCUCAACGAACUCGAAUCCAAGUCCGCCGCCUCCAGCUCUCCAGGACACCAACAACCUAUCACCUUCCACAUCUACGGGCAAAACCUCAUUGGCUUCUCCGACUCCGAUCACGCGCCUUAUGUACCAGGGUCCCCAGACACGGAACCCUUCGUUCUGGAAGAACAGAUUUCUCACCUUUACGACUCUCUCGUCUCCCUAAACCAGCAAAAAGGACCAUUCGACGAAAUCAUUCUGGCCGGCCACUCCGUCGGCAGCUUUUUGUCUCUUGAAAUCUUACAUCGCUCCCUCCAGUCUUCCUCUUCUUCUCCCCCAUCUGUCAGACCGCCAAUAACAACCGCCCUCCUCCUCUUCCCCACCAUCCACCAAAUGCACCUCUCCCCUUCCGGCUUACACCUCAGUCGUAUCCGGUCCAUCUCCUUCCUCAAUCAGUACGCGCACGUGCUAGCCAAGUCCGUUGUCGAUCUCGUGCCGCGGUUUGCGCUGCGGUGGAUCACGCGAAACGUACUAGGCAUGUCAGAGCACGGAAGCGAGGUCACCACGCGAUUCUUGCAAAGCAGAGAUGGGAUCUGGCAGGCGAUUCAUCUGGGGAAGGACGAGAUGGGGGUGAUUAGAGAUGGGGAGGGGAGGUGGGGGUGGUGGUCUUCUCCGAUUUCCUCGACUAGAGGUGCCUCUGAGCAGCACGAGAGUUGUAAUGGGGACAAACAAGAAGAAGUAGUCGCCAAAGAAAUUGAAGCGGUAGAGGAGGAUUGGCAGCGGGUUGCUGAUGCUCAGAUACGUCAGGAGGAGCAUGAACAUGAGCAAAAACGGCAAAAAAAGGGACAGGGACAGGAAGAAGCAAAAAAGCUCAAGUUCUUCCUCUACUUUGGACAAAACGAUCAUUGGGUGGCGGAUCGGUAUCGGGAUGAGUUCAUUGAACGAAGACAAAAGGACGGGCAUACGGGGAAAGAGGGAGGGACCAAGAUUGUGAUUGAUGAGGAUAGGAUUCCGCAUGCUUUUUGUAUUAAUCAUAGUGAGCAGGUUGCUGAGAAGGUCAGGGUUUGGAUUGAGGAGGUUGUGGAGGGGUAGAUGCCCGGCAUAUUGGAGUAUGGCAUUGUCAAGUGGAAAGGGAAGCAUACAAGAACGGCGUUCGGCUGUUGGAUGGCAUAUAGAGCUGCUUUACGGGCUUAGACGAGCAACAUGCAUCUUGGAUUUGGAAGCAGGAGUAUGUUGGACUAAUAGAUAUCAGCUUUGCUACAAGACCG